GCCCUCUCCUCUGCGGAUCUAAGCUUCCCGAAUGUUCAGUGGGGAGGGAAGUGGUGCAGACCUCUGGGCUGCCAAAUGCUAGGGACACCAGCAGGGGAAACUCCCAUCACUUGCGGCUUGUCAGGCUGCAAAAAGGCCCCACCCUGCUUCUGCAGGUCCCCCUCUUGCAGGAGAAGCACAUCCCAUUCUGCUUAGGGCAGCUCUCCAGGUUGCUCCCUCUCCUGUCUGUUCCCCGCCUCUUUGCGGCUCUGCAGUUACCAGCAGCAGACGCACGCCUGGCUGUUGCAGGAUGGAUUUCGCUACCGCACUGCUAUGUGGAUAUUUGUUAGCAAUGACGGAUGUGGAAACAACGUAUGCAGAUUUUAUUGCUUCGGGAAGAACUGGUAGAAGGAAUGCCAUCCACGAUAUCAUCGUGACUUCUUCGACCACCAACACCACUGAUGUCUCUGUGAAGCUAUCGGACCUUGAUAUCAACAAGCCUGACGGAGAAGGAGAUGGGCAGAAAAGCCCACCGGAGCAAAGUGGGGACAACCAGGGGGGAGCGCCCAAGCAAGAUAGCUAAUGUCUCUCCCGACCCUACAGACACAGCUGCUGACGUUUUCACCCUUCAAGGCCUGACUGGAAUGCAUGUAUUUCCAUAAGUAAGAGGAGAGGAAAGAAAAUUUUUGGCUGUUCUGCAUUGCUGAAACCUGCUCAUUGUCCUAUUAAAAAAUGAGGACACAGGCUCAAGCAGCUGCAGACAGACUUUUCUCUACCUCUGUCAUUAGCAGUGGUUGAAUUGGCAUGGCUAAGCUUGGGACAUCUCCAUCGGAUGGAUCCUUUCACCUGAUCCCAUGAUGAAAUGCUUGUAGAGAGUAGCACGAACAGAUGAUUCUUGCUGUAGCAAAAUGGCCCCUCAGAAUGUCAGAGGAUUUAAUUGUGUUUUAUUUGCAAAGGGUUAAAGUGAUCCCCAGAGCUUAAAAAAAAAAUUCUGGCCAAAGUAUUUUCCCAGUAAAAAGAAUCAUAAAGAAAGCACUGUUUUUAAAACCAUGUAUUUGUGUUUACAGCUGUUAUUUACAAUGUUUUUGUAUUAUAUGAUUUAGAUGCUCAACACUGCCCCCCUUUGCUUAUGAAAAAAAAACAAUUUAUGUUACUGUGAAUUUUUCUACCACUUAUUUUUUGAAAGGAAUCUCUCUCUCUUUCUCUCUCUCUCUCUCUCUCUCUCUUUCUCUCUCUCUCUCUCUCUCUCUCUCUCUCUCUCUCUCUCUCUCUCUCUCUCUCUCUCUCUCUCUCUCUCUCUCUCUCUCUCUCUCUCUCUCUCUCUCUCUCUCUCUCUCUCUCUCUCUCUCUCUCUCUCUCUCCCCCUGUCUCCCUCCCUCCCCUCUCUCCCUCCCUCCCUCCUUCCCUCCCUCCCUCCCCAUCUUUAUUCCUCUUCUCCCUUUUCCCUCUCUCCUUACUUCCCAGGACAUCCUUCCUCUUUUAGUCCCCCAAUAUAAUGUGGUUGUGUACACAUGAUGGAUUAAAAUGUCACCCGCUAUAAAUUUAUUAGGCCUAAUGCUAAUUUAUUGUCACUGUUGUACUGUUACAUUGUUACCCAGGCCUCCCAAGUGAUUCAUUAAUGUGAUUACCUUAAAAUGCAAUGUACGUAUUCGCCUUGUCCUGUUUGAAAUAACCACUUUGCCUGCCCUUUGCUAGUUUUUUUGUUCAAAAAUUGGGAAUCAAUAUGUAAAUUUAUGUUUUUCUCCCAAGUUUGGGAGCUUUUAAAACUUGAGCUUUUUUGGAUCACUUUUAAGUAUUUGAGAGGGAAAAAGAGAGGGGGGAAAAGUCAUUCCAAGAAUUGGAAAUGUAUCUUUCUGGAGGACCUAAUUCUCUGUUGCUAAAGUAUAGAUUUGUGCUACUGCUUUGGUUUGGGGGGAAAUCCCACCUCCCCGUGUAAGGAUGAAAAAAGGUGGAGAAAUGAUCCCAUCAUAAUCAUGUGGACACUAAUCACAUAAGUAAAGCCCUGCUGUUUGGGGUUUGUUUGGGUUUUUUUCUUUUGGUUUUGUUUUCAUUUUUAAAUUGUUAAGAUAAAGUGGUGUCUUUUUUUCAGGCCUCAAUGGCUCCAGAUGUUAUUAUGCACUUUUUAAUGUUUGUAAACUUUUACUAAUAACUAGUGUGAUUGCUUUCUGGUAUGUAACAAUCAUCAUUAUUGGGUUAACAAAACUUCUUUAAUACUGUUUAUGGCCCCUGCUGUGUUUCUACAGUACAUAUCAUGGUGCUUGUCACAUGAAAGUUUUCUGUGAGAUGUGUAACCCUUCUGGUCAGUAUUAUACAAUCAUUUAUUAGUGGUAAUAAAUAAGAAACCAGCAGUAUGACUCUGGUUCAUGAAUGACUGGAAAAAAUGACAGGCAGCUGGAAGUACUGUAUCAAUAAAAUAUUUAACCUUCACUUCA